AUGAGUUUGGCAUUGUGCAUCGCGACAUCAAGCCCACCAACAUCCUCCUCGAUGACCACAUGAAGGCAAAGAUUGCUGACUUUGGGUUGUUAAGGUAUUCGGAGGGUACAUCUGUGGCUGCUACUCGGGUGAUGGGAACACCUGGCUAUGUGGACCCCGCUUACUGCAGGUCACAGAAGGCUACUCCCAUGGCUGAUGUGUACAGUUUUGGCGUGGUGAUGCUGACAGUGCUCACAGCUCGCAAGGCGGUCUUCAGCAUGGAGGCAGAACAGGCAGCAUUCAAGGACCCCCACUUGGAAGCCCUGGAUAGGUUGGUGCUGCAGUUGGCUCGCCUGGCACUCAGCUGCAUUGCCAUGCCAACUGCAUCCCGGCCUUCCACGAGCCGAUGUUAGCUUGCAUCGAGAACAUGCAUUGCAAUACUAUUGAAUCAGUAGCGGAUUGCUAGUAUAAUUGUACAGCUGCUAGUUGUUGAUUGAGUCCAUA